AUGACUGUUGUAAUACCAAACAACGCCAGCCAGCCUCCAACAUCUCCUCCGGACUAUAUACCUUCUCCAUCCCGCAUCACCUUGGAAAAUAUCCUAUCCAACCACUCACCAACGCCUUACACAUUCAAUGCUUUUCUGGAUUUCCUGAUCCACAACCAUUGUGUCGAGACCUUGGAUUUUAUUUCUGAAGCAAACGCUUACCCCACCAUCUACAAUACGUACUGGUCAUCUCCCGAACAUAGCGUCAUUGUUCGGGAUCCUACACUUGUUGGCACACAAUGGGAGGAUUUGAUGAAGACUUACAUCAUGCCUGGGUCUCCAAGUGAAAUCAACCUACCGGCCUAUAUCCGUGAAGAGUUACUGGCUAUCCUGGAUGUGACGGUUUCCCCGCCAAGUCCCGAACAAUUAGACUCCGCCAUCAAUCAUGCCUAUGAAAUUUUGAUAGAAGACGCCUUGAUACCGUUCAUCAGAAGCUUCCACUUGUCAGACAAUCCGUCGAUACCUUCAGGAGAUUUUCCAACCUCGAAGCUGUAUUAUUCAAAUCGGAGAUCAAGUUCACUAGACUGGAGUGCUCUGUAUGAUAGAUUCCCAAACCUCAAUCGUGCAGACACUAACUCGAGCUUCUAG